UAGUGAGCUGAUGAACAUUGACGGGGUGGAUCAAUGGCCCAGUAUGUCCCAGGGGGUGGCUACAACCAGAACCGAAGUCCUCCACAACAUCGAUGACAUCUACGGCAGCUCAGCUCUCACAGUGGGCGAUUGGAAAAUAGUCAAAGGAACCAACUACAAAGGCCAGUGGGAUGGAUGGUAUGGCCCAAGCGGUCGAGAUGAUACACCUUACGAUAUAGAAAGAGUCAUCAACAGUCCUGCAGGCCGGGCAGCUGCUUCCGUCAACCACCCUAUUUUCCGAGAAAAGGCAUUGAAGAUGCGCUCGAAACUGGAUGUCCAGUGUACACAAGAAGUGAUACAAUCUCCAUGUCUACCUCUAAUACACCCGUGUCUGUUUAAUGUCAGGGCGGACCCUUGUGAACUAAAACAAUUUAGCCGAUCGUCGCAGCUCAGUGCUAUCAACACGACAGCUGUACCUCCUGGAAACUUGCCGAUCGACAAACACGGAGAUCCUCGUCUGUGGGACCACACGUGGACCAACUUUGGUGACUAUAGCAGCAGCAAUGAUGUCGACAUGGCAGUGGAUCUGCCCCAAGGUACUGUUGCUGUCCAAGAAACAUAA